AACUUUUGAAAGGCACCUCCGUACGCAAAUUGCCCUUUAACCCCGCCUUUAAAUUCUUCGCCCACCCCACAAUCGCUUUUCUUUUUACAAUAGUUAGUCGUACCGUAGUACCUUUAACGAACCUUACAAUCUACCCACUCUUCGUAGCUAACCUCCCUUCCUCCGUAGUACCGUUUUGCCUAUUAUGGCUAGGUUAUUCGAUAUCUAUGGCGGAGGCGGCGGAGGCGGCUACCUGCAAAGUUUGCCACACCUGCGGCGUUGAGAAGGAAAUCGACCAAUUCCGGUCGUUCCGAGGCCCUCGACGGAUCGUCCUGGAUUGCGCAGAUUGCCGCAAUCGCGGCAGGCAGCAGAGAGCCGCGUCGAACGCAAGGGUUUCUGCAGCUGCUGCCGUAACCCGCGGACAAGGUCCCGCCUUUGCGCCUCGCCAGAAUCUCACCCACACCGUCCUUGCCCAGCGAUACCACGAAGGCGGCCGUAUCGCUACGGAUACCCCCGAAAUGGCUGCUGCUCGUAGCGAGGUUUCGGAUAUCCAGAGACGCCAUCGCCUCGAGCGUCGCCACGGCGAAGAACCUUCCCAGACCCCGACAAUGAGUAACUUGCUUCGCCAGCAACAAGAGAUCCAGGACCUCGCCGUCGACCUCCCACCCUCUACGCAACUGAGAGUGCCUAAGCGACUGGCUAACCAGUUUGAAAAUAUGGAACAUUCUGUGGAGCCCGUGCUCUCUUACAGACAGACGACCCUAACAGUCGAGUGGUUUGUAAUACUGCCCUAA